AUGCGGGAUGUGAGGAUCCAUAGUUUUCUUGUCUGCGAUUGGUUUCGUUCCCUGUCAGCUCCGGCGCUCACUGUAGAAGCUUGCAAUGCCACUGUGGAGGCCGAAAGGGUGUCUCCCUUUGAGCGUGAUCCAAUUUCAAGUGAAAUCACCCGUAUUACAAGUAGCUCUGUUCGACACACUUUGGGCAUGGUUCUCUCGGCAUUCUACAUUAUUUCUCUUGAGGUAAAGGCUUACGUGAGGUCGUACACUUUUCGCCGUCUUGCAGAUGCCUUUACGCACGCACACGCUUCUGUAAAACUCCGACACAGCCCUGUAGAACGUGAACUGAUUUAUGCAUUCUUUCUUGACUGGGCUUAUUCCAUCCAGGAUUUGGACUUUAAUGUGGAUCGGGUGGAAGAAACGAAUAGUCAGCUCCUAAAGAUCGCCAAGUCGCCUUCUAAUGCUCUUGAGGAUACGUCACAUGAUGACUUUCAACAGCCUGCUCUCACUUUUUAA